AUGGAUUCAUUUGCAUGGGCGUCUGUGUCUCAGGCUGCGGGGCUAGCCGGCGGCAGCGCCGUCGUCUCCGACGGGAGAGGCGGGGGGCUCUUGCCGCCGCCGAUGCUCGGGCUCCAGCUCCCGGCACAGGCCGGUCUCGAGCACUUCAUGGACCCCGGCCUAGUCCAGCUGGCCAUGCGCUUCUCCUGCUUCGCUGCUGCAAACGGAGCACCCACUGCAAGCCCCUCGUACAUCACCUCCGAGGAGCACCCACUGCAACCCACCACCGGCAGUGGCAACGGCGAGCCGGGGUUCGGCGGCGGCGGCGACGCGCCGAGCGCCGAGGCCUGCUCGUCCAGGGCACCGGAGGCGGAUUCCAACUCCAAGAAGAGGAAGCGAUCGAACGAGUCGCAGGACGUUCUUGGGAUGAUUGGGACGGAUCAAGAUCAAGGGAUGGCGUCCGUGGAUUCUUCGAAGGAGCGUGGCGAGGACGACGCCAAAGGCAAGGAGGAGACGCCGCCGGUGACCCGCAAGAAGAAAGGGAAGGGAGCUUCGGCGGCCGACGACGAGUCGGAGUCGUACAUCCAUGUCAGGGCCCGGAAGGGGCAGGCAACCAACAGGCAUAGCCUCGCAGAGAGGCUGAGAAGGGAGAAGAUCAGUGAGAGGAUGAAGGUUCUGCAAGACCUUGUUCCUGGUUGCACUAAAGUCACUGGGAAGGCGGUGAUGCUGGACGAGAUCAUCAACUAUGUCCAGUCCCUGCAAAGGCAAGUGGAGUUCUUAUCCAUGAAGCUCGCGGCGGUCAAUCCACAGCUCGGCCUCAACAUAAAACAACUUCUGUCGAAAGAUCUUUUUCGCGCCCCCAGUGCUCCUUCAAGCUCAUCUACUCACCUGGGAUUCUCAAUCUACCACGAAAUGAUGCCCAAACUACCGCCAUUGUCACGGUCAGGCAUGCUCCCGGGAGGCGUUCAUGGUUUGACCAAUCCAGAUGGCUUCAGAACAGCCAUGGAGGAGCAACAAAACGGCAAAGAUUCCAUAGGAGAUCAUGUCUCUCAGUGCGAGACAGAAGACGUAUGUGAUCCUCAACGUCAAGUAUCUGGCGAAGAUGGUCAGGGAAGGCCAAUCGCGAGACGCUUCCUGCUACCUAGGUGGUACGACUCGAGCUACGAGGGCAGGCUCCUCAAUGUGUUCCUGUUUGACCUCCUUGCCUACAAGGCCUUCGCCGACGGCCGGAUCAGGGUGAUAGGCUACCUCUGCGACUGGCUCAUGAGCAUCUACAAGAAACCUGUGCUUGAUAAGUAUCCGUGCUUUGCCACGCGAUGUCCUCUUCCUGCGCAAAGAUCAUGCCAGAUCAAUGCCUUCCUGGAUUGGCAACUCGUCAGGAAGAAGGCAACGAAGAUGGUCGAGGAGAUGGCCUACAAGGCGCCCGAGCUCAGGGAUAGGAUGCAGUACCCGCGCAGCAGGAACAGCCUGUACCACUUUAUACCCAUUGGGUCCAAGCGUCGCGUGAAGCAUGUAAACCGGAAGCAGCAGUCAACUGAUCUCGCCCAGUUCUAUCUUCAGAUGAAGAAGAGGCUACCUUCUUCUUUGAGUCCGGGGGCAGACCAUAGCUAUUCAGAUACAUGUUUUGAAGCUGGUAGACUUCUGGGGCUUGAGCAAGGGCAAUUCCCUGAAUUUUUGUCAAAAGAAGGCACAAAGGGCUCAAGAUGCUUUCAGGAGUCUCAACUAGAUACUGUGCAUCCAGGAAAUGAUCCAAAGAGGCCACGGACUGCUGGAAAUUUUGGGAUAAUUAGAUAG